AGAAGAAGAAGAAGAGGAAGCAGAAGCAGAAGAAGAAGAAGAAGAAGAGGAAGAAGAAAACCCCGGCAUUAUUCAACGUUGACAAAUCAGAAUUGCGGAAGAAGUGUGUUUUAUCGGAGGAGCUCUCCUCCAUCCGACAGGAUGCUCCUCGUCGUGCUGGUGUGCAGCCUGACUCUGUGUGCCGAGGGGCAGCGGGGGGACGACGCCGGGGUCGACGCUCGUGAUAUUCUCGACUUCGACGCAAGCACCCAGACGACGAAGAAGUCCGCCGAGCCAGCUUACGACUAUGUGGCGACCAAGAUAAAAGAGCACAACCAGGAUUCCAGCCAGGGAGCGCUGGCGCUGUGCAGCAGUCAAGUACUGGAUCUGCAGAAAACGAUUGAAGAACAAAAGAACAAGAUCGUUAUCCUCUCAGGGCAGCUUACAUGCAACCCAGGGCUGAAGAGAUACCUUAGGAGGCUGCUGAAGGAAAUGCAAAGAGUUGGUUUGCCCAGUGACUCCUUAGAUGUCAUCUAUGAUGCCAAAGUCAGACUUUCUAAACAAGUGGUGACGGAGAUCAUGACACUUCUGGAGGAUGAAGACAACUGGAGAACUGGGGCCCUCGACAAUGCCUUAGAUCAGAUACUAGUGGAUCUUAAGCCGCAUGACUACGAAGCCUGGAAGUGGCGUUUUGAGGACACGUUUGGUGUGGAGCUUGACACACUAUUAAAAAUGGUGCUGUGUGUUCUGUUCAUAGUGGCCAUCAUCUGCACUCAGCUGUGGUCAACUGUGUCCUGUUCUGUGUUGUUCAUGAGACUAUUUGCUGUCUUCUUCUUCGUCAGUGUUGUCUGGAACUGGUUUUAUCUGUACACGAUGGCCUUUGUUGAGACCAAAAACAACAUGGUCAAGAUCAACAAUGACUAUGAAAAAUGCACUGGAGUGUCGGACAUGGAAUGGAUUAAUGGUCUCAGAGAGUGGUACAGAAGCACCUGGACUGUUCAGGAUGACCCCUGUAAAAGAUACUAUGAUGUCCUCAUAAUCAACCCCUUUUUGCGGGUACCUCCAACCAAGGCAAUUACAGUUACGGUGACAAUGGUCAUCACAGAGCCACUAAAGGAAAUCGGCCAGGGGAUUGGUGAAUUUUUUAGGGUUCUUCCAGUUACCCUGCAGAUUGCUGUUUUUCUCGCAGUUGUGUUCUCCAUUUGGGCAGGUUUCGUUCUUGUCACCACUGCACUUCUACGAGCAGUGGCAUAGGAAGACCGUCAAAGAUGGCAGGGUGAGAAGUGGGAGAAGCUGAGAGUUUGAGAGAACCAGCUACACUGGCCAAAAGAGGCCCUGGAUCGUUCCUUUCUGUGUAUUAAAUGUUUCCUGGGCUCACGUUGCAGGCGAGUUUAAAGUUUAAAAUGAUGUGACGUGGAGCUGCUGCUGCAGCUGAGAUGGGAGACAACACAGAGUGACUUGGCGGUGGCGCUAUGGAGUCCCUGAGUCACACCUGGUGCCAAGCCUCUGUCCCUGAGUAGAGGGAGCGAUUUUUGAUGGGUAUGUGAAAUUUCACGAGUUUUGUUUAUGGUAAUAAAAAAAUUAGCAAACGCA